AAGCGAAAGGCAGCGCUCAGUUCGGCACCAGUUCCCGGUCAAUCUUCCUUGCACUCACAAUGUACAAGGUAACCGUCGCCCUCCUCGCCACCCUGGCGGUGGCAGCCGCUCUGCACAUCCCCAACGUGCGCACCGGCGCCACGGACAACGUCCACAUCAGUGGACAGGAUGUUGCCCAACGCCAGAAGGUGGUGCUGCAGCUGCUGAGGAACGUCGGCCAGAAGAACAUGUACCCCGAACUCGUCGCCAUGGGCCAGAACUGGAACCCCAUGCAGAUCGCUGACCGUUACGCAAACCAGUAUGUCGUCAAGAACUUCGUCAACAUGUGGAAGCAGGGUACCCUGCCCCGCGGCGAGAUCUUCCACGUGUACAACGACUCCCAGCUGAAGGAGGUGGUCGCCCUGUUCGACAUGCUCUACUUCGCCAAGGACUUCGAAACCUUCAUCAAGACCGCCGCCUGGGCCCGCGACAACGUCAACGAGUCCCAGUUCGCCUACGCCUUCUCCGUCGCCGUCGUGCACCGCGAUGACUGCGCCGGCCUGGUGCUCCCUCCGCUGUACGAAGUCGCUCCCCAGCUGUACCUCAACUCCGGCGACAUCAUGGAGUUCAUGAGCGCCAAGAUGCAGGGUCAGAUCAACUACGUCAAGAUGACCAACUGGACCGGUGGCGAGAUCAUCAACCCCGAGCAGCUCCUGGGCUACUUUACCGAGGAUGUCGGCGUCAACGCCUACCACGCCUACGCCCACCUCUACAUGCCCUUCUGGCUCAACUGCGAGAAGUACGGCAUCACCACCUGCCAGAUGCGCGGAGAGGCCUUCUACUACUACUACCAGCAGAUCCUCGCCCGCUACAACCUGCAGCGUAUGGCCAACUACCUGCCCGAGCUCGAGGACUUCGACUGGGAGGAGACCAUCAAGACCGGCUACAACCCCGACCUGCUCUACCCCAACGGCGCCCAGUUCCCCGCCCGCCCCGCCGAGCAGGACAUCUCCAGCAUCAAGUCCUACAACAUUGAGGACCUGAAGGCCAUCGAGCAGAGGAUUAAGGACGCCAUCGACUCCGGCUUCGUGCUCGGCAAGGACGGCAACAAGAUCCCCAUCAACCAGUACGUCAAGGGCAUCAACAUCCUCGGCAACAUCAUCGAGGGCAACCAGGACUCCGUCAACUCCCGCUACUACGGCUCCUACCAGACCAUGAUCCGCAACCUCCUAGCCCUCAUCAUGGACCCCACCAACGAGCACGGCGUCGCCCCCGGCGUCAUCGGCCACUACGAGACCGCCCUCCGCGACCCCGCCUUCUACAUCCUCCAGAAGUACAUCAACAACAUGUUCGCCCAGUACAAGAACAACCUGCCCGCCUACAAGCCCGAUGACCUGUACUUCAACGGAGUCACCGUCCAGGACGUCGCCGUCGACAAGCUCGUCACCUACUUCGACCUCUUCGACAUUGAUGUCAGCAACGCUGUCGACGUCGCCUCCAUCGACGAACUCGAGAAGCUCAACUACAUCGCCAAGGCAAUGCGUCUCAACCACCAGCCCUUCAACUACAAGAUCAAGGUCUCCAGCAACCAGAAGACCAGCGCCGUUGUCCGCGUCUUCCUUGGACCCAGCACCGCCCUCACCCACUCCAACUUCUACGGCGAGCAGGCCUCUGAUGUCUACUACGGACACGACACCGCCGACCUCGACAGGCUCAGGAACUAUUUCGUCGAGCUCGACCGUUUCCCCGUUGAGCUGAAGAACGGCGACAACCUGAUCAAGCGCAACUCCCGCGAGUUCACCACCACCGUCGGCGACAACGUCUCCUUCAAGUCCCUGCUCAAGAGCGCCGAGAGCGGCAGCACCGUCCUCUCCAGCGUCGACCGCCAGUGCGGUUUCCCCGACCGUCUUGUCCUGCCCAUGGGCCACAAGGCCGGAGUCCCCUACGCUUUCUUCGUCAUGGUCACCCCCUACGGUGCCGACGAGCACGAGCACGCUGACUACUACCACUCCGAGAAGGUCAACUACCAGACCGGCGUUAAGGACAUCUACUCCUGCAACGGACUCAUGACCGUCCUCGACAACCGUCCCCUCGGCUUCCCCUUCGACCGCCAGAUCGAGAACUUCGGCCGCUUCUACAUGCCCAACAUGUACUUCAAGGACGUCGCCAUCUUCCACAAGGACACCGCCACCGACAACAACAACGUCCUCAUCAACAAGAACGUCAAUGACUUCGACAGCGUGCUCCCCCAGCAGACCGCCCACAAGUACACCCCCAGCCACAGGCUCUUGGACGAGGACAUCGUCCGCGAGGACGACGACAUCCGCGCAUACCUGUAAGCUGUGGGCCUGUACUCAGGACGCAAGCGACUAGCCCUGUGAGCACUAUUAUACACAAGGACCAUUAAGUGCACUACGCAAACUGAACCCCGCUGUGUUGCCUUUACAACCGGGCAUGUCAACCUGCCGCUGACAGGUUGGGGACCGCUUCGGCACUCCUCGGCCGUGCUCGGGGCCUGCUUCGGGACCCACCUCGAGCCGUGUGAGCAGUAGUAGCCCGCCCCGCCACUCGACCACGCCAACGGGGCCUCGCUCGCUUGGCUCGAGGUGGGUCUCGAAGCAGGCCCCGAACACGGCCGAGGAGUGCCGAAGCGUUCCCCAACCUGUCAGCGGCGGGUUGACGCCCAGUUGUAAAUGCGCGCAGAAACUACCGAAUGCGUAGUCCAUCUACUUAGCCUAAUGGUCCUUGACUGGACACCGCAAAUAAAAUCUUGCCUCUGUUCACAAAAAC